AUGAUUUCAUUUACAUCCGUUCCUGACUUCGAAAAAUUCGUAGAAAUCUUCACCGGCCUAUAUCGAGCAACAUUCGGUUAUAGUUUCGGUUUCGGUUUAUGCACUUUGCCUGUUUCUAUAUUCCUUGUGCAUAUUCCUAAUUCCCAAAAUUGGGUUCUUGUUGAUGCUGCCGAUCCAGGAAGUCCACAAAAACUAUUAUCCGCCAUCUCUGCGCAUUUCGCCUCAUUUCCCAACCACAAUCUCAAAUAUGUAGUAAUAACCCACUGUCAUUUUGAUCACACUGGUGCAAUUCCAAGAUUAUUGGAAGAAUAUAAAGACUUGAAGGUUAUUUUGGGUCAACCGGAACUUCCCUUCAUUGCGGACGGUGUACAGUACAGUGAACUAAGUGGUGAUACGUAUAUUUAUCAAGCUUAUAAGCAUUUUGCUAAUCCAACUAAAGUGAUUGUAAGCAGAGAUAAAAUUUUGGCCUUGGAAGAAGGGAAAGAAAAUGAAUUCGAAUUCUUCGAAACAUUAGAACCAAUUUGCACAUUUGGCCACACACCUGGAUCAAUGUCAUACCUUCAUCGUCCAUCGAAUUCAAUUUUGAUCGGCGAUUGUAUGAUGAACCUUCCUUCCUUUCCGUCUUUUUCCCCUUCCAUUCAAUUGGCACCGCCGAUUACUACGCAUAAUAUGAAGAAAGCAAAAGAAUCUAUUAAGAAAAUUGCCGAACUAGAAGGUGUAAAUUACGUAUUUCUCUCUCACGAUCAAAGCGAAAAGGGCCUUGAUGUUGAAUCAGUAAGAUCAUUCGCCAAAUCCUUAAAACCGUAA